UUAAGGUUGAAGAGAUGCUUUGGACAGGAAACUUGAAAUCUCUUCUUCCUCAAGCAUUGAGAAGAAUAAUUCGCUGCAACAGACUUAGUAUUAGUAAUACUUCUGGAAUGGCAGAAGGCUAUAAACAGGCAAACGUUGUGAUUCUGCACAAGUCGCUUGCUGAUGACUUUGAAAGGUUUUGCCAUGCCAACAAAGGGCCCCUACCACUGCUGUACAGAAGUCAGCCAGGAGAUUGGAAAUGCCCCUCUCUGAGUAGUGAUUCUGAUAUCAGAACUGACUGCCUACAGUACAGGUUAUAUGAGCAUGGAACUUUUACUCGAUCUCUGAAAAGUCUAAAGGAAUAUGCUGAACAACUCAAGGACAUGGUGACUUUCUACUUAGGCUGCAGCUUCUCUUUUGAAAAAGCACAGAAGAAUGCUGGCAUUAAAAGCAUUCCUGUAAGAAAUGUUGAACAAAAGUGUAACGUAAGCAUGUACAAGACAUCUGUGCCUUGCUACAGUGUUUCUACUUUCUGCUGCAACUUAGUAGUUACAAUGAGACCUAUUCCUGCAAACAAAUUAGAAGCAGCUGUGCUAGCAACCUCUGAAUUAGAAGAAUCCCAUGGAGCACCAGUUCACAUUGGUAACCCUGGUUUGUUGGGAAUACAAGACCUUUCCAAACCAGACUAUGGAGAUCCAGUUCACCUUCACCCUGGUGAUAUUCCAGUGUUUUGGGCAUGUGGAGUAACAGGAAUAGAAGCAAUCAUCAACUGCAGAUCUCCAUUAGCUUUUACUCAUUCUCCUGGCUGCAUGUUCAUUACCGACCUAAAGAACAAUGAAGCCGCAGUUGGGUCCUCAAGAGAAGUUCCACAAGUCCACUGCAUUUCUCAAGAUCCUCUGCAUUACAGUAUUGUAUCAGCAGAAGCAGCACAAAAGAUAAAUACACUAGAAAGCCUAAUUGGAAUAGAUCCAGGAGACAGAGGUAUCAUUCAUUUACAACACCAGGAAGAGCUGCUGAAGUCUUGCCUGUCCAUUUCCCACGCUCAGUCAGUGCUGAUAACAACUGGAUUUCCUACCCACUUCACUUAUGAGCCGCCUGAGGAGAACGAUGGGCCCCCAGGAGCCUUUGCCAUUGCAGCCAUGUUGCAGGCCUUGGAGAAAGAUGUUGCCAUAGUAACAGAUCAGCGAGCCAUGAGUCUGAACAGGAAGAUUAUGGCAGAGGCCGUUCAACUAGGAAUCUUGAAGAGACCUAUCCCUCUCCUGAGUUACCAAAAGGAAAGUACAGAUUCAGCUUUGAUGUUUUUGUGUGAGAAUGGGAAUUGUGGAAGACCUAGAUUUGAUCACCUGAUAGCAAUAGAGCGUGCUGGGAUGGCUGCUGAUGGCAAUUAUUACAAUGCCAGGAAAGUUAAUAUUAAACAUCUAGUAGAUCCCAUAGAUGACCUAUUUUUAGCUGCAAAAACCAUUCCAGGAGUUGCAACAACAGGUGUUGGAGAUGGAGGAAAUGAAUUGGGAAUGGGCAAAGUAAAAGAUGCUGUAAAGAAGUACAUUAAAAAUGGAGAUGUUAUAGCUUGUGAUGUUGAAGCUGAUUUUACUAUUGUAGCUGGGGUCUCAAACUGGGGAGGCUAUGCCAUUGCUUGUGCUCUGUAUAUUCUCAGCACUUGUGAAAUACAUGACCGCUAUCUGAGGAAAGCUGUUGGGUUUCCACAGUUGUCUAAGAAGAUGGUCUGGCUGUCUGCACUCCCAUCUGUUACAAAGGAAGAAAAGUUUCUGAAAGCACUUGUGCAACAUGGGGUCCGCAGCGGAAAAACUGCCAGCCUAGAAAUGGAAGUGGAUGGUCUGCCCUUCUAUAACACCCAUUCACUUAUGAUUGAAAAGCUGCUUCAAGAAGUGCAGCAGUGACUUACCCUAACGAUUUAAAAAUCAGGAAUGUCUCCUAUGCUAUUUCCUUAUUCCUAACCUACUAACAAGGU